GCCGGAGAGAGAGAGAGAGAGUUGGCCGCGCCGCACCGCGAACCCUAGCGACAGCCGUACAGCGCCGUCCGCCCCGAUCCGCCACCCAUGGCGCUCCGUACCCUGGCGGCGAGGGUGCGGACUUCAGCCGAUGCGGUCCGCGUCCAGACGACGGCCCUCCGCCUCCCCCCUCCCCCCGGCGGCCGCCCCGACUUCCACUCCGCCGCCGCCGUCGCCGCCCGCCGCCACCCGCCGGCCCCUCGCCUCUCCGCUCCGCCCGCCGGCCGUCCCUGCCUCAUCUCCAACAGGACUUUGGGAGGUUCUCCACGUGAAGAUGCUGCUCGGAAGAUGGUGCUUGAGACUGCUGCCACACUUGAACACCUGGAGAAGACUUACGAAACAUUCAAGGCACGCGUUGGAUUACUAGAGAAGGCAGCCACGUUUCUGAAGUGGUCGUGGGCUUGCAUUAUCCCUGUGCCUUUGGUUUACGCCAUUGCGCAGCAUUAUUAGGAUAAAGAGGAACUGGCCCUUGUGAUUUGAACCGGGUUAUUUAAUAUCUGUGGUCUUUAUCAUCUGCUGUACUCAUCACACUACUCAACUGUGUCAUGGUUAUGCUAAGUGCAUCAUAAAAAAUGCCACUCUAAAACGUUACUGUACCAUAUUGACAGCCAGAUUUGCCUGAUAUGUGCCCUUGCACCCACUUGUUAUCAACUCUUCUCUUCUUCUA